CGGUGACGUAGAUGUAACGUCAUAGAGCGAGCGCCGCGCACGCACGCACGCCGAAGGGAAACGUCGAGUUCCGGGUGUUCAGAGUCGACCCCAAAUUGGGGGAAGGGUGGUGCUCUCGGUAUCGGAGUGGGCGGAGGGGCGUGAGGAAAGUCCUACGGUGGCCGCAGAGGGACGGCGCUACGGCUCCCACGCUGGGCCAAACGCCGCCGGCCACCGGCCGCCAGAGCCCCUGGCCCUUCGGGGCAGGUGGGGACCGGUGAGGCACCGAGCUUCGUAGCCACCGCGCCGUCGGCACAAUGCGGCUGCCCUACUCCUGGAGCCCCGAGGGACAGGGGGGCCCGCAGGCCGGGACGCCGGCGCGGAGAGGGCACCCGGCCCACGCCUCCCCCGGGGCUCAGCGGUGGGCUCCCGGGCCUAGGUGCCCAUGACGCUGACUGCCACCCGGACGCCGCCUCUGCCGCGAGCUAGCGCCGCCGCCCAGGCCCCAAUGCCGGUCAUGCCCAUCCCGCGGCGGGUGCGCUCCUUCCACGGCCCGCACACCACCUGCCUGCACGCGGCCUGCGGGCCCGCACGCACCUCCCGCCUGGCGCGCACCAAGUACAACAACUUCGACGUGUACGUGCGGGCGCGCUGGCUGUACGGCUUCAUCCGCUUCCUGCUCUACUUCAGCUGCAGCCUCUUCACGGCGGCGCUGUGGGGCGCGCUGGCCGCGCUCUUCUGCCUGCAGUACGUGGGCGUGCGCGUCCUGCUGCGCUUCCAGCUCAAGUUGUCGGUGCUGCUGCUGCUGCUGGGCCGCCGGCGCGUGGACUUCCGCCUUCUCAACGAGCUGCUGGUCUACGGCAUCCACGUGACCAUGCUGCUGGUCGGGGGCCUGGGCUGGUGCUUCAUGGUCUUCGUGGACAUGUGAGCGCCCUGCGGCCUGCUCCGGGCUUGGUUCCCGGGGCCUGUGGGGUCGACGCCUGCGGCUGGGGUCUCUUCUUGCGGGGGCUCCGUCAGGGCCCUGUCCGCCGCGCUCCAUCCCGCAGACAGGUCUCUGCCCCGGCGAGGAGCAGGCUGAGACUUCUGUGAGGGGGGGCACCGCGCCCUCCCACCCACCCGGUUUUUCCCCUGCGUCUGCUGUGUGCGCCCAGGUGCAGUGACAUCCUGGCCACCUCCCUGUGCUUCCAGCCUGCACUUUUCCAGGCCAUGCUGUGUCCCUGGCCGUUCUCCAGGACACUGGCGCGGUGUGCGGCCCAGGAGCAGACCUGGAGGGGUCUUCCCGACCGUGCGCCCUGUUCCCCACCCCAGGGGAGCGGCGGGCUCCAUUUGCCACACUGCCACCGAGCCGCUCACUCCACCCUGGGCCGCCCCGGUCCUGGCACAGCCAACAGGCCCCCAUCCGCCUGGCACCCCAAGAUGUCAGGGGGCGUGAGUCCCAGGCCGGUCCUCAGGGUCGCCUUGGUGUGUGCAGGCGCAGUCUGCCAGUCACCACGGCCCCCGAGGGUCCGGCCCAGGGCAGGCUGUCUUCCUCUUGGGCGGGGCUGAAUGGGGGUUUCUGGGAAGGCAGCGCAGUUCUUCCUGGCUGUGGGGGGUGCUUUUGGUCUCUUUUCCUGGGAGGGGACACCCAGAGGUCAAAGGUGGUGGGAGGCGCUCUGAGCAUGCCCCACUUGACCUGGGCAGACCCUGCGUGUCAGAGCACCUCCCAGAGUCCAGGCUGUGGCCCUGGGCCGGGUUUCCAAGCUUGGGGCUCAGCUGCCCCGCUGCUCCCGCCUUGGCAGCUGUUGGCGUGAAAAGCAGAAAUGGACGUGGCCAGGGAAGAAGAGCAAAGGGCUGGUGGCCCAGGCGGGGGGCACUUUUGGUCGCAGGGAACGCACUGCAGAGGCCGGGCAUCUUGUCCACACCCCUGGCUCUGGCCUUCUGCCUCAGGGGGACAGGGUGGCCGUGUGUUCUGGCGGCACCGUGGGCCUCCUUGGCAAGGGAGCAGGCGCUCCGAGUAAUUGUGCUGGGACAACAGCCAGACAUGGGCCCAGGAUGUAGGGCCGAGGCCGCCACACCCCGAGUCGCCCCACACCCCCUGGGUGUGGGCGGUGGCCCCUUCGACCCUGCCUGGCCAGCCAGGCCAGUGGCCCCCGGGGGGACCUCCAGGACUGUUAGGUGCCACUGGAAGAAAACCCAAAUCAGGGAGAGAGAGAGAGAGAGAGAGAGAGCACAGAAACCCUCGGCUGCGACCGUGCCACAGUCUGGAGUCAGCUGUAGGAUGAUGGUCAGGGGUUCCCUGGGGGUGGCCCGAGCUGCGUGCCCAAGCCCCGGACGGCGGCGAGGGGCCGGCCCGCGGGGACCCCGCUUCUCUGUGCUGCGGAGGGUCUUGCACUAGGCCGUGCUGGUUCCUGAAAGCUUUGUUUGUGUUCAUGGGCUCACGCCGCUCCGAUCCCACGGAGCCCCCCGGCCUGGGCGGGCGCCUGUCCACGCCCCGGGGACGGCGGGAGGGGUCUGGCCGUGCGCCGCCCGAGUGUCUGCGGGCAGUACCGGGGGCUGACACGCUCGGCGUGCAGCUGCCCGGGGGCCGAGUGCCUGUGAAUUCUUUAGGAAAUGAGCCACCUGCAUUAAACUUAUUUUUUUAACGCA